UUAAACCAGUUAGGCAGAAUGUUAUUAACAAAUAAAUGCGCACAGCAUGGAUUGGGCUUUCAAAAACUUGCAAAUCUACUUAAUAAGCGAACAACAAUUUCUUGGUUGGUAAAUGCCGCCGGUUUAAAGUCAACAACAAAAACAUUGAAUGCCAGUGGUUGGAGAGAAGGGAGCGAACGAUUGUGGUGCAGCAGCAGCAGAUAUGCGAGCUCAGUUCUAUACCCGACGUCAACGAGAGCAGCAGCAACAGGUCUUGGCAAUUGGAGGCCUUACAUCAAACAACAAGCACGCACAUUAAGCACAAAAGCAGCUACUAAACGCAAAAUGGUGGCCAAACUAAAUGAACAGGAACGCAGCGAAAAACUGCAGCCAUUGUUGGAUGCAGGCUGGACAAUGGUCGAAGGACGUGAUGCUAUUUAUAAGGAGUUUCUGAUGAAGGACUUUAAUCAAGCGUUCAGCUUCAUGACUGGUGCUGCCUUGCUGGCUGAGAAAAUGAAUCACCAUCCGGAAUGGUUCAACUGCUACAACAAAGUGCAGGUCACUUUGAGCACCCACGAUGUCAGUGGCCUCAGUAGCAACGACAUUCGCAUGGCCAAAUACUUUGAUGCCCAGGCCCAGUUGUUAAAUUGUUAAAGCAAUUUUUUUUCUAAACUAUUCUGUUUAUAUAUCUCAACUAUUGAAAUAAAUAAUUAGCCCAA